AUGUUAAGAUCUUUAAAACAAUAUAACUUUGCCAAAUAUGAUAGGGAAGUGGUUAUUGCUUGGGCUGGCUUAAGUUGUAAAGAUAACCAAAUAUCUAUUUUUCAAGACAACCAUAUAAUCGUUGAAGAAGAUUAUAUAGAUGCAAUUGUUGAUUACUUUAAGAAUGACAAUCAAGUAGAUGUUUAUGGAGAUCUUAUGAAUAAAGAUCAUGAAAUAGCCACUCAAGACAACUUUGAUGAAGAAGAUUAUGAAAUAGCUGCUCAAGAUGACUUUGAUGAGGAAGAUUAUGAAAUAGCUGCUCAAGACGACUUUGAUGAGGAAGAUCAUGAAAUAGCCACUCAAGAUAACCUUGUAAAUAAUGAGAAAGACUACUUAGCUACUGUUCGUAAUGUUCUUACAAACAUUGAAGACUAA